AUGCAGACGCAGAAGGCUCCGCACAAGAGCAGAGUGCAAGUGGAGCAGCUCUCCCACCAGCGGACCAGAGACAAGCGGACGGAGACAGCAGAAGAGAUAUCGCGAGACCCUAGGAUCCCAGGGACCUACGCCGGGGGUAGACUGAAGGGCGUCUCGUCGCUCCUGCAGGAAGGCGCCCCCAGCCCACCGCCAGUCCUCCUGCUGCCCUUGAAGUGCCGUGCCUCCCUCCGCUGCAGGCAGGCCCAAGCGGGGACGGCCCGCUCCUCAGAGGCCUUCCUCCGGGUCCCUCCCGUGUCUUCUGUCCUGAGGAGACAGCGACCGAAGAGGUGA